CUCCUUCCAAUGUCCUUUCAGCGUCCGAUUAGCAUGACAGAAAGCACUAGUGGUCCUCGUGAUGCAGCAAACACGGUGACAUUACUGAUAACACUACAUAGGACGUUUGAAUAUAAGGAUGUGACGACUUAGCUCACGUACACCUGUCUCGAUCUUAACUAAUUAAAGGGCUCACACCGCCACCGCCCUCGCAAGCACCAUGACGGAGCAGGAGGGACAAGACGCCUCCCUGGCCAGCCUCUUCGGGCCUGAGGAACCGAGGAGGAGCAGGAAGGAGAAGAAGAACAAGAAGGCGAAUCGACGGAAAGGGGACUGCGAAGGAAAAGACAAGAUGGAUGCCUUUCUCAGCUUGUUUGACCCAACACUGGAGGAUGAGACCCCGGAGCACAUGGAUGAACUAAACGGCAAUGUGGUCCGGGAAAACACGUGGCGGAAGCAUGAGGAGCGGCGUGGCACAGUGGGGGGCAUUCGUCGAGGGCCUAGCGUGGCCGUCCUGCCCGACCAGCUGCCCUCGGAGCCACAGGAGGGGAACAUUGAGUACAAACUGAAGCUGGUCAACCCCAAUCACGAGAGGUUCAAGCGCUUGGUCUCGCAGAUGCAAUGGAGGUUACGGGAAGGUCUCGGCGAGGCUAUUUACGAGAUUGGUGUGGAGGACUCUGGGUUCCUGCUGGGCUUGACGGAGGAGGAGCUUGAGGCGUCCAUGAGCACCCUCCGACGCAUGGCCUGUCAGCUCGGUGCCUCCCUCACAGUCAUCCGGGAAAAGGUCAUUCAGGGUCACGAUGGGCAAAUUCGCAAGGCCGCGGAAGUUCUAGUCAGAAAGGUACCUGACGACCAGUACAGCAUAGAGCUCCGUGUGGCGGUCCUCGGCAACUCCGACGUGGGCAAGUCUACGCUGCUCGGGGUGCUGACACGCGGGGAGCUGGACAACGGCCGGGGCUGUGCGCGACUCAACGUGUUCCGCCACCGCCACGAGGUCUGCUCCGGGAAGACGUCUUCGAUCUCCCUCCAACUCAUGGGCUUUGAUUCACAGGGUAACGUCAUCGACCAAACAUGCACCAGGAGCCGAGAUUACGAUGACGAGGACAUCUGCAGCCAGUCCAUCAAGAUCAUCAACUUCAUCGAUCUCGCCGGGGACCAGAAGUACCUCAAGACCACGGUGUUUGGCCUCUCGGGGUACUCGCCACACUACGCCGUGCUGGUGGUGAGUGCCUUCUCCGGUGUGGCGCCCAUGACAGAGGAGCACCUGAGUCUGGCACGGGCCCUCGACGUCCCCAUCGUCAUUGUGGUCACCAAGACGGACAUCGCUUCACCCCAGCAGAUCCAGCGCACCAUCGCCGACCUCAAACAGACGCUAACACAGCCGGGAUACAAGCGGGUGCCUCUCAUCGUGCAGAACGAGGACGACGCCAUCACCGCCGGCAGCAACCACUUGGAGGGUAAUGUGGUGCCCAUCUUCUGUGCCUCCAGCGUCACCGGGGACGGCCUCACGCUGCUCAAGAAGUUCCUCUUUGUGCUGCCCCCGAGGAUGAGCAACAAGGAGAGGGAGAAGCUGGAGCAGGAGCCGGCAGAGUUCCAAAUAGACGAGGUGUUCCACGUUGACCACAGCAUCAUCGUCGGAGGGCUGCUCACAAAGGGCGUUAUCACACAGGGAACCACGUUAUUACUCGGCCCCAUGGAUAACUGCAGCUUUGUGCCCGUGACGGUCGGCUCGCUUCACCGCAACAAGGUGCCGUGCCGGGUGGUGUGUGCGGGACAGUCGGCAUCACUCUCCCUCAAGGGGCCGCAGCUCUACCUCCGCAAGGGCAUGAAGCUGAUGAGUGUGGAGGCGCGACCGAGGGCUUGUUUCUAUUUCCAGGCGAGGACACAGGUUCUGCACCACUCCACCAGCAUCUGCCGAGGGUUCCAGGCGACGGUGCACAUCGGCAACGUGCGGCAGACAGCGGUAGUGGAGGGCAUCCUGGGCUCCCGCGGCCUCCACACCAACGACCGCGGUUCCGUCAUCUUCCGCUUCCUCCGUCAACCUGAGCUUGUGCAGAACGGGUCGAGGCUACUCUUCCGGCAGGGCUCCACCAAGGGCAUCGGGAAGGUGAUCCAGGUGUUUGAGGAGGAGCCGGACAAUGUGGAUUUAUAUAAUGGCCUUGCUAGGUAAGGAGGAUGUGGUGGUGGUGGUAGAGGCUGAAGUGGGGGAGGCCGAGGCCUUUCUCUUAUAUUUAUUUACCUUUUAUUAUCUUUCCGUGUGUGUGUGUGUGUGUGUGUGUGUAUAUAUAUAG